GGUAGAGUUGCCGUAGCGUUUCCGGUUUAGUUCCGUGUUCCUGCGUGUUGUAUUUCUAUGGCAAGGCGGUAAACAAAAAAUUCUAACGUUACAUUUUGUCUUCAAUUAUACAUUUAGCGUCUAACCAAUAUGGUAACUGCGGAUGAAGUUGCUCAGUUGUGCUACGAGAGCUUCGCCGCGCUUCCCCGCAGGGGGAAGCCUGAGCCCGGCAGAGAGUGGACGCUGCUGGCCGCUGUGGUCAAAAUCAGCCAAAGUGCAAAUUCUCACUCAGUUGAAAAAGAAGUGCUGUCCCUUGGAACUGGGACCAAAUGCAUCGGAAAAACAACCAUGAGUCCGAAAGGAGACGUGCUCAAUGACAGCCACGCAGAAGUCAUCGCAAGAAGAGGGUGUGUCAGGUAUUUAAUUCAGGAGCUUCACAGAGCUGUGAGAGGAAAAGGAAGUUCUGUGUUUUGUCAGGCAGAGCGUCAAGGGAAAUGGAGACUUCAGCCUGGAGUUUCCUUCGUCUUCUUCAGCAGCCACACACCGUGUGGCGACGCCUCCAUCAUUCCCAUGACUGACAGUCAGUCUCAACCGUGUACUUGUGUCACAUCCAUGAUGAAGGAUGGAGGAGCAACUGGAGGAGGCUUGAAAAGAAAAAGUAAAGCAUGUACUUCGUCGACUAAGAGGUUCUGUGUACAAGAACACCACACUGAGGAGACGAAACUGGAUCUUGAUGAAGACUCCAAACGAUGCUGUUCCUGGCGAGAUGGUGACAAAAGCGGACCAAUCCUUCAGGUCCCAGACAUUCACAGAACAGGGGCCAAGUGUGUGAAAGGUGGCCUGGCAGACCCUCUGCGACCCGGUAUAGGGUACCACAGCACAGGGCUUCUGCGUGUGAAGCCUGGCCGAGGAGAGCCCACUCUGUCUCUGUCAUGCAGUGACAAGCUGGCUCGCUGGGCUGUGCUGGGCUUCCAGGGUGCCCUGCUAGCCCAUUACCUAGAGGGGGCGCUCUACUUCAACACCGUGGUGGUGGGAAUGUGCAACUACAGCCACCAAUCCAUGCAAAGAGCUUUGUACACCAGGUGUCGUCACGUAUCAGAUCUGGCUGCUGGUUUCUCAGCGUGUCGUCCAGUUUUUCUUCAGUCCAAAUUGGAGUUUCCCUUCAGCCAAGCCCAGACUGAGCUCCAACAUAAGGCGGGACAAGGACGCAUUACCCCCUGUGGAGCAGCUAUCAGCUGGUGUAAUGUGAGUGAUCAGCCACUGGACGUCACUGCCAGCGGCUACAAACAAGGAGUCACCAAGAAGGCUCUGGGCACAGUUCAAGCUCGGUCUGCUUUGUGCAAACUGGAGCUUUUCCAUUCCUUUCUGUCUUUGGUGUCUGACACUGAUGAUGCAGCACUCCCUGACUCUCUCAGGCGUAAAGAUCUGCACACAUACUUGGACUACAAGGAGGCCUCUGAAGCCUACCAACAAUCUUGGCGGCAGCUUCGCAAUCAAGUAAUCCCUCUUUGGCCCCGAGGUGACAGAAACCUGCUACUCUUCCAAUGAACCACACAUGUUUAUAAAUGUUCAUUAAUAUGCAUUGUUUCUUUUAAAUAUAAUCUAUAUCCAAACAAUAUUACUGAGAGCAUUCUUGUGCACAGUAAGCGACCCAGGAUUUCUAAAUAUCCAGAUAAGUUUGAGGUUGUACUCAAUACAAAGCUGGUUGACUUGUCGCUCUAUCGUCUAUGUGAGGAAAUGUUUUUCAUUUCUGUCGAUGACGUUACACCAAGAGGAGGCGACAUAUCAAUUAUAGCACAGGUGUCAAACUUAAGAUCUGGCCCUCCACGUCAUUUUAUAUGGCCCUCAAAAGCCUGGAAAUAAUAUGUGUCAAUAAAAUACCUUAUAUUUUC